CUCGAUCUUCCUGCUUUCUUUCCCCUUCAACCAGCGCUAUCCCAGCACUCAUCACACUCCUUUGCUUGUCGCUCCGGCUUCAGUCCCACGCUCCUUCACAUCACAUCACAAUUAUCAGCGAGUGAGAAUCCCGAGGAUCUACCCUCUCCACGUCCUUCGACACCUCCAAACAGCUCAGCCUUACAACACACACAACGACAGCACCUUCACAAACAAACAUAUUCACAAUGCAGUUCAAGAGCAUCCUCACCGUCUUGGCUACUGGCCUCUCUCUGGUUGCCGCUCAGGCCGACGCCGCCGACAGCACCAUGACCUCCACGGCCACUAUGACUUUGACUGUCACCAUCACCUCCUGCAACCCCACCGUCUCCAACUGCCCCGGCAACGCUCCGGCUACCAGCACCAGCACCAGCACCAGCACCAUCGAGACUCCCAGCGUCGUCCUCACCACCUCAUCGGUGGCUCCGGUCGAGACUACCUCUUCUAGCUCGAUUGUCGUCAUCCCCAGCACCAGCUCUUCGUCUACACUAUCCUGGUCCUUCCCUCAGGUCAACUCGACCACCUUCGCUGGUCCUACCGCCAGCCAGCCUCUCACCUCGGCUUUGAUCACCCAGACCCAGAGCGCCAUCGUCACUGCCAGCCAGCCCGCUGGUCCUUCUUCCCCCGUUACCGCUGGUGCUGCCGGCCUUGCCGCUCAGUCUGGACUUUUGAUGUCCGUCCUCGCCUUGGGCGCCGCUCUCUUGGCUUAAGUGUCGUGAUCUCGCUCUGUGGCUGGGUCAUGUACAUACGAGCCAUCUGUUGCAUACUUGAUGAUCAUCAUCACAACCACCAUCAUCUGCGUACCAUUUAUUGGAGCGUAUUAACGACCGCAUCCGAACUUCUUUCUUUUCUGGUCUUACUUUUGAUUUUCGAUUCUGAAUACUCACGGAUGAUACCCGUAUCUUUCAAUUCUCAAACAAUGGGGGAUGUUGUGUGGCUUGGGGCUUUUUGACGGGGAAAUAACCUCUUUGUUUGAUACCACGAACCGGGCAAAUGGAAAGAGACAAAGAAAAGAAAUACCUUUUUGUAGUUUCCUUUAUCCUCAGACAUGUAUUUGUUCAUUGGGGCUACUGGUUGGCAUAUUCUUAGAAAGGUUUUAGAAAUAGGGAACUCGGCACCAGGGGCUUGUUGGUUUCGAGGAAUCUAUUAAGCCAACGGCGUCGUGGGUGGGCAAAACAUGGUAUCUAUAGAAAAAAGAUUUUACGUCGCAUACGAUAUGUGCCGCCGAAAAUGGAAUAAGAUAUAUAAGUCACG